AUGUCCUACAGAAUCGCCGCCCCCGAUGAGUACCUCGCCAUUACCGGUAUGGGCGUCCGGAAUGAGGUCAAGAUCACGAAAGCCGCCUGGGUCUGGCCCUUCCAGAAAUGCAUGCGCUUCAGCGUACAACCUCAGGACUAUGCCAUGAACCUGCAGGCCAUGACCAAGGAGAAGCUCCAGUUCCUCCUUCCCGUGGUCUUCACCGUCGGUCCCCACGUCCCUGCCACCAGUGACGCCUCCGUCACGGGCAACUACGAUGAUACCGACGCCCCCAAAAUCGAUCCCGCCGAGGCCCUCAUGCGCUACGCCGUGCUGCUCGCCGAGAGCCGCGACAGCAAGCAGUCCAGCGCCAGCUACCUCGAGCAGAAGAUCAAGAGUAUCGUUGAGGGUGAGGUGCGAGUGCUCGUCUCGAGCAUGACCAUUGAGGAGAUCUUUAGUGAGAGGGAACUUUUCAAGAGGCGCGUCCAUAAGAAUAUCCAGACCGAAUUGAACAAAUUUGGUGUCUACAUCUUCAACGCCAAUCUUAAGGAGCUCAAGGACGCCCCCAACUCGAUUUACUUCGAGUCUCUGUCCCGCAAGGCGCACGAGGGUGCCACCAACCAAGCCAGGAUCGAUGUCGCCGAGGCCCAGCUCCGCGGUAAUGUUGGUGAGGCCGAGAGGCGAGGUAUGCAGGAGCGUGAGAUCGCCAAGAUCAACGCCACGACAGCGGUGCUGAAGACGGAGCGGGACAUUGAAAAGGCCCAGGCCGAGGCUAAGCUCAACACGGCGCAGGCCGAGCUGACGCGCGACGUCGAUAUUGCCCGCAUCGAGGCCCAGAGGAGGAUCGAAUCCAAGGAUGAGGACCUGAAGAGGGAGGUCGAGGUCAAGAGGGCGGCGGCCGAGCUCGAGAGGCUGAGGGCCACCGACGUCGUCAAGGCCUCGAUUCAGCGCGAGGCCAAGCAGCAAGCCGCUGACGCCAAGGCGUACGAGGUCGUCGCCGAGGCCAAGGCCACCUUUGAGAAGUCGCAGCACCUGACGGACGCCGGCGCCUACAAGACCACCACCGAGGCCCGCGCCACCGCCGAGGCUGACUUUAGCCGUGUGACCAAGCACACCGACGCCGGCGCCUACAACACCCGCAUCGACGCCGAGGCCCAGAACUUUGCCGCCCAGCAGCUCGCCGAGGCCGAGCUCGCCCGCGAGCUCAAGAAGGCCGAGGGUAUCAGCGCCAUGGCCGACGCCUACGGCAAGCUCGCCACGGCGUUCGGCGGCCCCGCCGGUCUCCUCCAGUACAUGAUGAUUGAGAAGGGCACGUACGUCGAGCUCGCCAAGGCCAACGCCGAGGCCGUUCGCGGAAUGCAGCCCAAGAUCAGCGUCUGGAACACUGGGCCUUCGGGCCAGGACGAUGCUGCCCCGCUCAUGACCACUAUCAACGAGCAGACCGGCAUCACCCUGCCCGAGUGGCAGUUUGGCAAGCUUGCCGCCACCACCAACGAGGUCGCCAUUGCCCAGGGCAAGCAGACCAACGGUGCUUAA